AUGUCUUCUGAAAUGGAUAAAGCCAUGCUGGCCUUGUCCCUCAAAGAUGACAAAGAUGUUCCUUUCGACAUGCCCGAUCUUCCUCAUUUCUAUUCUUGUGAAAGGAAUCAAAAUAGUUUGAUCGGCCGUCUUCUCAACCCAGAUCAUCAAUACAUGGCAAGCUUGAUCUUUGAUAUGCCGCGCAAAUGGCAAAAGCAGAACAGGGUUAGGGGUAUCGCUCUCACAGCAGAAAGAUUCCAAUUCAUCUUCAAUCAUGCAUAUGAUCUCGAAGAUGUUUUGGGAAAAGGCAUGCAAACCUAUAACGAAGCUAUCACUGCAAUCGGUGACCUUGUUGGUCAUGUAGAUACUGUAGCCUUUGAUCCGGAAAAAUCUCAGAGACAGGAUUUUGUUCGUGUCAAGAUCAUCUUUGAUGUCUCAAAGCCUUUAAAGAAGUUCAAAGUUCUUAACCUUCGAGGAGGAAUUCAACACACGGUCUACUACUAUUACGAAAAGGUUCAAAAAAUAUGUCAUCUAUGUCAGAGGUUGACGCAUGCAAAAGACAGAUGCCCUUUUCUCAAUCGAGCUCAACCUACCGAAGACAUUCAAUCUUCCUUUAGCUCUUCCUCUUCCCGACCAAGAGAGAAUAUGUUCAUUACGAAAGCAGAUCCCCUGUUUGGAGUAAUCAAAGACUCUCAAGUUGGUGUUCAUCCUGCCACUGGAAGACCACGAAUUGCUCCGGAGGUGUUGCAGGAAAUGCGUAAUUACUUACUAUCAUCUACUCGUGAAGACAGGAAGGUCAAAGAACAAAGAAUCAUCUCCUCUGUUGAAGCGGUGGAAAAAGAUCCAAUCUCUCAAAAGACAGUGCUUCAGCUCAUCCCUCCGCCCAUCUUUACUAAGGAGAUCAAUAAAGAUAAAGGAAUAGUCUUUGACUAUGAAUCGGAGAACAACCGUCCUCAAGAAGUUCGAGGUCCAAAGCUUAUGUCUGCAGCCAUCUCAGCUCAUCAGGUCAUGCCUUCUCGUCCUUCAGAACAGAAUAGUACUUCUCCUAUGUCUUCUCUGAAUCCUGAUAACAUUUUAAGCUCUACGGUUCCUCAGUUUAAUCUCUCAUUAACUGAUAUUAUCGGAGCUUCUAAUGUACAAGGAAAAGCAAGGAGAAGGCCCGGCAAAUACAAGUGCAAUCUUCAGGGCAAAGCUAAAGCUCGUACCUCUAAAGCUACUUAUCCAACUGCAACUGAAGCUCAGUCUCUCAAACGUAAAGCAGAAGAUGAUUUGGUGGAUGCAUCCAAGCCUUUAAAGCUGCAAGCAUCAACGAUGGUCCCGAAUGAGGGACCGUCGAACGCUUAA